AUGGCCGCCAACGAUGCGCCGCAGCCGGUGAAGCUCUCAUUGCCCCUUGAAUAUCAACAGUCUCUCUUUCAAGAACUCCGCUCAGAGGAUGAGCUCGUCAUUCUGGCGCGUGGCCUUGGGCUCAUGCGCUUGCUGACCAAUCUCCUGCAUUCCUACGAUGCUGCCGGCAACAAUCUCAUCGUCGUGGUCAACGCUGAAGACCGUGAGAACAACUGGAUCGGUGAGGCUCUGGCCGAGCAUGCUGCCAUCAGCAUGACGCCCCUGGCCCGGGGCCUGACCGUCGUCAACACCGACUACACAAAUGUCGGCGCCAGGGAAAAGAUGUAUGCCUCAGGCGGCAUCUUCAGUAUCACGAGCCGUAUCUUGGUCGUGGAUAUGCUCACCAACCUCUUGAAUGUUGAGAAGAUCACCGGGAUAAUCAUUUUGCAUGCCGACAGGGUAAUUGCUACGAGUCUAGAGGCCUUUGUUCUGCGGAUUUAUCGCCAGAAGAAUAAGGUCGGGUUUCUCAAAGCCUUCGCGGACAAUCCGGACCCGUUCACUACUGGUUUCAACCCGCUCGCGGCCAUGAUGCGGAAUCUUUUCCUGAGGAAGGCGAAGGUUAUUGAGCUGGAGGUUCCUAUGACGGACGCCAUGAAGGAGAUCCAGACUGCCGUCAUGGAAUGCGUCGAAGUCAGUAUCCACGAGCUCAAGAAGGGAAAUACUGGCCUCGAGAUGGAUGACUGGAAUCUUGACAGCGCCUUGACCAAGAAUUUCGAUGUUAUGGUGCGACGCCAGCUUGAUCCAAAUUGGCACAGGGUGAGCUGGAAGACAAAACAGAUUGUCAGCGACUUGACUGUGCUACGCGGCUUGUUGCAGGCCGUUGUCGGAAUGGAUGCUGUGCAAUUCCUGCAGAACCUAGAUACCAUCCAUGCUGCUCACUCGCCUGCGCCGGGAACAACCAGGCAGAAUCAGUCACCGUGGCUGUUUCUCGACGCUGCUCAGACCAUUUUUGAUGUCGGCAGGAAGCGUGUCUACAGCGGCGUGAACAAGCCAGGCGCGGACUCCAAUAUUGACUCUGUACGCCCAGUGCUCGAGGAACAGCCCAAAUGGGCGGUGCUAGCCGACGUUCUCCAGGAAAUCGACAGAGAUCUCUACUUCGAGCCGACGGCGCGUGACGACUCCAAUGGCACUAUUCUGAUCAUGUGCUCGGAUGCCGCGACGUGUCGUCAACUCAAAGAAUACUUGCAAUCCAUGCAUGUGAAGCCCAAGGCAGAGCAGCCUAAGAAGAAGAUCGUCUACCAGAGUGCCGACGAUGACGAGGAGGAUAAGCCGUCUGCAACAUUUAUGAUGCGACGAAAGCUGCGCAACUACCUCAAUUGGAAGCGAGAGUUCGCCAAAGUCAGUGCCACUCUGUUCGCCGAAAACCAAAAUGCUCUGAAAGGUGCGACGGAUCCACGUUUGCAGAAGACCAGCAGGGCGCCCGCCAACAAGCGGCGGCGCGUUCGCGGCGGUGGUUCAAUGGCGACAAGUCUUGGCCGAGCCGAGAACGGGAGCCUCGUUCCCUACUUCGAAAAGGCGAGCGAGGUGUCUGAGCUCAUGGAAGAGAUCCAGAUCACAGAAGAGGAGGCAAAACAGAAAGCAGAUGUCAUCGAGGACACGUUGGAAGAUAUGGACGAUUUCUACGAGAUGUAUGAGAUGCAGGAUCUGGUGGUCAUCCACGCCUACGACGGCGACCAAGACGAGCACAUUCUCGAGGAGGUCAAGCCGCGGUACAUCAUCAUGUACGAGCCUGAUGCAUCGUUUAUCAGACGGGUCGAGGUCUACAGGUCGUCUCAUAACGAUCGCAACGUGCGCGUCUACUUCCUAUACUACGGUGGCUCCGUUGAAGAACAGCGGUACUUGACCACAGUCCGGCGGGAAAAGGACGCGUUCACCAAGUUGAUCAAAGAGCGCGCGAGCAUGAGCGUCGUCAUGACUGUUGACGCUCAUGGAGUUGAGGACCCGCAGGAGGCGUUCCUGAGGACCAUCAAUACUCGCAUAGCAGGUGGCGGGCGUCUGGCUGCCACAGCACAGCCGCCUCGGGUGGUAGUAGAUGUCCGGGAGUUCAGAUCAUCUCUGCCUUCGCUCUUGCAUGGUCGCUCCAUGGUCAUCGUGCCAUGCAUGCUGACCGUGGGUGACUAUAUCUUGUCGCCCAACAUUUGCAUCGAGAGGAAGUCGGUUAGCGAUCUGAUAUCCUCUUUCAAGGAUGGUCGUCUGUACAGCCAGGCCGAGACCAUGUUCCAACAUUAUAAGUCGCCGAUGCUGUUGAUCGAAUUCGACCAAAACAAGUCUUUCACCCUGGAGCCUUUUGCGGACCUGUCUGGAAACCUGAAGAGUGUCAACCCAGACAAUGUGUCGUCUGACCUCCAGUCCAAGAUCGUGCUACUAACGCUGGCCUUCCCCAAACUAAGGAUCAUAUGGUCGUCAUCACCGUACCAGACGGCCGAAAUUUUCGAAUCUCUCAAGGCGCAGGAGGAAGAGCCUGAUCCGAUUGCAGCGGUGAGGGCCGGGCUCGAGAAGAACGAGGUCGCCGAGGAGCAGCCGUUCAACCAGCAGCCGGAGGAGAUGCUGAUGCACGUCCCCGGUGUGACGAGCAAGAACAUCAAGACCUUGACGCUCGAGACAGAGAGCAUCAGGGACAUUGCCAACAUGUCCGUGCAGGACCUAGAGCCGUUCGUAGGUGGGGAGUCUGCCAGGAGGAUUGUGAGAUUCUUUGCGAAGGAUCUGCUUGAAGAUGAGGAUUAG